AUGUCAUUGCCUCCGCGGGUAAAGGCCCUUGCCUGGCCGAGGACGAAUUUCCGGCACGCACGAUCACCGUCAAUGCCAAGUCGAACCGAUUCAUCGAGCUCCAUUUAUCAACGUUGACCGCGCGGCGUCGUAAAUCUUCUUUAAACGCGUUUCGCGGAUUGUCGCGUGCGCGGCAUCCAGCCUUGCGACAAUGUAUGAAUACCCGAUUAACUGGAUCGCUUUGUCAUCCAUCGGCGAUUGAAUGAUUGAAUCGUGACUCGUGGCGAUGGUGAGUUCUUCCAGCAGGUUCCAACAAAAGCGAAACUUUUGAAAUGAAUGGUGAGAUAAUAUUCGAAGCUCGAAGUUAAAUCCAUUAAAGACUAGCCAAUAAUUUAUCACGAUGUCUGCAAUACUCUGGUUUCGUUGAACAAAAUUGUAGAAUGUAGAAGAAUGUGAAUUAUAAUAGAGAGAUUUACAUUAAACGAGAUCUUAGAAUCUAAUGGCAGGCGUUAUUUGUAUAUUUUAGACGUACGAAGAUUUUUUUAAAUGUUGCAGUAUUAUAUCUCAGAUAUAUGUAUAUUAUUCGUACAGUGAAGAUUUUAAAAUUGGUCGAAUUGUUUGGGACUUCGCAAUUUUUUGUUUUCAUUUUUCUUUUAUAGCUCUCAAUUGUAAGCUUCUUGCGUGUUUGUUAAUUUGGCACACGUGAGUAGGUUUGUGUAAUAGAUUCGAGGUAGAAAUUCGAAUUUUUCACCUACGUUAUUACACCUUCAAUAUCUGCGCCAUCUAAAACAAUCGAGAUUAAACCGUAACGACAUUGAUCUAACUUAAUAUUGUAAUGAUGUUUAAUCCAAAUUUAACGUUUCAAUGAAGCACAACAAAAUAGCUAAUAAUUUAAAAGAAUAUCCAUAUUUAAUAAAGAUUAAAUGAUAAUAAUAUCAUCUCGUGUACGUUAUAUUAAUUUACUAUUACUAUUAUUUACUAUUACUAUUAUAUUAAUUUACAAAACUCUUCUUUUUUAGUAAAAGAACAGUGAAUUAGUAACAUAAUAUUUCAAUCGGAAUGAACUGUCACAAACAUGAAGGAACGACGAAUAUAUUUCGUUCGUUUCAAUCGCAUGCAUAUGCAUGCGGUUUUGAAGUAGAGUAAAUACCAUGGGAAUUCUGACCGUGUACAAACCUAUUUCGAGAAAGCUACACGACAAUCUUGCAGCGUGACUAUGCGCAUUCGGCUCGCACACGAGCGUCUAGUUCCAUAGUAAACUUUACCUUGAGCAAAUUAUAGGAUGAAACGCUGCAUUUGACCGAUCCGUUUGAUCGACGCUUACGAGAGGAGUAACACGAGAGUGAAACCGUUUCGUUUAUUUCCGACUAACGUCUAAUGGCUCCGUUUAAUACCAUAAUCCUGUAUUAAUUGUAUCUACGCGAAGAAUUUUUUCUUUUUUCUUUUUUUUUUCUUUUUUUUUUGUUUUUUACGCUUUAAUCAACGUGCAACGGAAGUCUACGAGCAACGCACUUACAUAAACGUUGCGUUAGGUAAUGUAUUUCUUCUUUGUGGAAGAUUUUGUUUGCUCAACACGUUCAGACAGAACUGCUUCUUCCUUAUUGUAAUAGACGAUAGGUGUAGAAGACAUAAACUUUGCUUUUCAUUGAGAUAUUCCGUUCAAUUUAAGAUAGAAUAUUCGUAUAACGGUGAACCAGAUCAGAAUGAUAAAGUUAAAAAUUAUGGAGCAAUUUCAUGCUUUCUUCUGUAUUCGAAUCUUAACAUUUAAAAUGAUCUUCCAACUCUACGUGGCAUUAUCUAAAAUUUUGCAUCGUGACGAAUUCUCUCAGAACCACACUAGUAUCAAUAAUUCUCAUGAAUCUUCGUGUAGAUAGAGACUCAGUUUUGAUCGUAGAAUACAACAAAAUUCAUCCAUCUAAACGUUGCACCAUUAUUAGGUCUACAAGUGCUAUUUUUGUUUCAAAAUUCGAAGAAUUGAAUAACACUUUAUGUAACAAAAAAUAUAUUGCACUAUACAUGUGUCUACAAUAAAUACUGAAUAUUAUUGAAAAAUUUAAAAUAAAUUCUGUAUAUUAUUAAUAUUAUAUUAUAAAAAGAUUUUUGAGUUGUAGCACAUUAUAGUGCUGUGUCAUACUUUGGUAACAUAGCUUAAUAAGCUAAUUAAUUACUACAGUGCAAUCCAACCAUGUUAAUUGCAAAACUCGGCAAGAUCGUUGUGCAUUCUUCAUGAAUCUUGAUGUUUACACGAACAAUGUUUUAUAUUCCUUGGAUCAAAUCUUGUCGAAGGUUGAACUAAUAAGAGAAAAAAUAUUAUUUAACACGCCUCGGAAAGAAACGCCUACGUUUGCAUUGCAUAACACACAGAUUGCGUCGAUUUAUUAGACGAUUAUUAUCGUCAUUUUCUAUCAUUGAAUUUCGUGAUGUACAUUGUUAUUAUUAUUACUAUUCAACGAAGAAAUUUAUCGAUUCUCGUUAUUUUUUUUUUUUUUUCACAACAAGAUAACAACUAACGAUUUUACGACUGCUGGGUAAUUUCUUAAUUUACAAGCUCUUUUAUACAUUAUUCAGAUGCUCGAGCGAUCAACAUUUUCGUCGUGAAAUCUCGAUGGCGCGGACGUUUGUCGAAUGGCGAUAUAAAAGUUAGAAUUUGUUAUUUGGAGAGUGUCAUUCAGUCGGGCGGAUUUUUGUAUUCAUCGGGAGAUUGUUCGACACCUAUGUGCAUAGACUUAAACGAGGAUCCUCUUGGCGCCGUAGAAACACACGGACUCUGUAAUUUAUAUUGUAUUUCCUUUUUUUUUUCUGUGAUGUCUAUGUAUUGUUUUGUUAAUUGAAAAAAAAGUUCAAAUUUCGUUUCGUAUGAAAUGCCAACUUUUAUGAAAAGCGUUUUUUAUAACAUAUAUGGAAUUUAGAAAUAUAUACCUUUUUUUUAUCUUCAAGCACUAUAAAAUAUAGAAUAGCAUCUAAAUUUUUAUUUCGAGUAACUAUGAAAUAGUAUAUAUUAAUGCUAGCUACCAUUAUUAAGAGAAUUACAGGAGAUGUUAAAAUUAUAUUUUUGAAAUUAGAUAGAAUAAAAGAAAUAUUUUGUUAAUUAUUACGAAUUAUACCUUGUAUAAUUAUAUUUGCAAAGAGCGAAACCGAUCAUCAAACACUCAAUAGAAACUUUUGGUAAAAAGAAAUUAACAAGGUAGAAAAUACAGAGAAAGUGAAGAAUAAAUAUUUGUUAACGUUAAAUUUUUAGAAAUUCCAAAAUGUUUGGAAAUAUUAAUUUAAAAGUUUUCCACGAUCGUUCCGCGAAAUCUUUCGCCCAAUUUAAUCAGAGGAAAAGGUUUUGCGGCGGCACACAAGGGACGAUCUUGUUGCCAAGAGAAUUCCCGUCUGUACUCGCCGGAGUCAACAUCCCAGCCAUAUUUUACGUUCGUGUUUCCUCCUGUUUCAGCGCCAAACAGCCCACUCCAUCUUAGCAACAGGGCUCACGUUUUACUUCUGCUGAAUAGGCCUCAAGCCUCCCUCACGGAUGCUGAUCAUGCAGUAAGGCUACGACCGGACUGGGGCAAGGGUCAUUAUAGACGAGGGGUGGCUUUGUCGGCUCUGGGCCGACACGAGGAGGCGCUGUUUGCUCUUUGCAUCAGCGUAGCCAUCGACAAGAAUCCACAAGCUGUGCGUCACGAAUUGAUCAAGGUGCUGUACAAUGUGUUGUCGUCCGGAUAUCGUCGUUACGGGCUGCCAUCUCGCACCCCGUACAACUUGGCUGAGGGUGCGUCGCGCACGAGGAGUCGUCACCAGCUGAUGAACCCGAAGAGGAAUCGUCGAGCAGCGUUGAACGCCUCUGACUGCGAGGACAAUAGCAGCGGCGGUGAAGAAGAUUUCACUCAGAUUCUCGGGUUGCGUAACGAUCCAUUAAACGUUACGCAAGACCCUGACGUCUCGUUGCGAAUAAAGAUGAAUUGUAUUUCAAAGAAAAGGAGCUCUAAUCGUGUCAAUCCUAAUAAUUCGAGAUUAAAGUUCGCGCUUAAUCCAAUUAUGCUUGUUGGUUCAUUGCAGACUGUUAGCAGAAGGCUCCUGUCAACCACAGCGCCACAAAACAACAUGAAGCUGCAGGCUGGCCUAGAUCGUCUCUACCAAGACAUCGAAAAGCUGAAAAUACUUGGCCAGCAGCCAGAAGACAGUGACAGACUUCGUGGAGAGGGCUUUGAAGACGGUGGCACCGGCGGAAUAUGCCUCGAGGGCAGCCAGCCACCGAUUAGAACUAGUCCAGGGACUUGGCCUCCUGGGCAGCGAGCAGAUAGCGGUUUUUGUUUGCACCACGGCGUUUCCAUGCGUUGCUUGCCCCCUGUUCGUUUACGAGCCAAGAUACAGGCUGAUGGUUAGGAGAUGCGUGGAAAGUGGCGUCCGUCAGUUUGGGAUCGCCGCGUGUCUCAACAGAGAAGCCACAGGAACUAAAAGUUUGCAAUAUUUCGAAGUACAAAUUGUAGUUAAAAGAGUAUUUAAAAUUCUAAUAAACUCUGUGUAUAUAUUCUUUUCAGAAAAAAACUUUCUAAUGAUAGAUCAUCACUUAGACUGUGUUACAAAAUACGCGGAAUACGGCACUAUGCUCGAGAUUCGGGACAGAGUGCUGCUGAAAGAUGGUUGCAGCAUUCUGAGCACAGUCGGUGGCAGAAGAUUCAGGGUUCUCUCUGGAGGAGAAAGGGAUGGUUAUGAUACGGCUCAAGUAGAAUUCCUGAGGGACACGAUAGUUCAGGAGGAUCAACUGUUGAAUCUCUUAGAGCUUCACGACAAGGUGCGAACGAAAGGGAGAAGAUGGUGGGACACGGUGCCGCUGUCCCAGCAAUUAGAAAUACAGCGAGUAUUCGGUCGAAUGCCAGACACCGAGGAGGACUGGUCACGUUUGCCAGACGGUCCCUCGUGGACCUGGUGGUUGUUGGCGAUUUUACCGCUUGGCCCCCAGCUGCAAGUGGGUAUUCUCGGUACGACGAGCCUGGAGAAGAGAUUAAGAGCCAUCGAGAAGACUCUCGAUCACAUGGAGCAAAGGCAACUGACCGUCGCCCCGGCUCCCUCGGAAGAAACGACCACUUCCUCCAGCAUAUGUCGAGACGAGGGUGGUCUCACAGACACGACAGUGUCAGUGGUACAACAAUCUUAA